AUGUCUACCGUUACUUACGAAACUGCGCUGAUGUUUUGGAGAAUAGUUGCCCAAAUAUUCUUCAGGGAAGUACGUCCAAGAGGUGCCUUCAAUAUCCCUCGAGAUGGACCGGUCAUAUUUGCCGCUGCACCCCACCACAACCAAUUCCUUGACGGCGUCCUCCUAAGUCUAGAGGUGUACCGAGAAACACGCCGUCGCGUUCAGUACUUGACUGCUGCCAAGAGCCUGAAGCGUAAAGCAGUUGGUUUCCUUGCCCGACAAACGGACAAUUGCAUACCCGUGGUUCGAGCUAUAGACGAGGCUAAACCUGGAACUGGGCUGGUUUAUCUUUCAUCCGAUGACCCCUGCCUAGUAUUUGGAGAGGGAACUCAGUUUCAAAUGCAAAUUAUGCUGCCCAAGUCCGUGAACUCGGUCGUUGCGGAAGUUCUCGAGGUCGUAUCAGACAUCGAAUUGCGCCUUAAGAGAGAAUUUGGAAGUGAAACAGGCAAGGGAACCGCUUGUGUACGAGAGAAGUUGGCGGAAACAGAGGCAGGAGGGAAAAGAGGCCUUCCGUUCAAAAUUCUACCUUUCAUUGACCAGCAGGAGAUGUAUCGUGGAGUCUACCAACGACUGAAGGAAGGCGGUUGCAUCGGAAUUUUUCCUGAAGGUGGCAGCCACGACAGAACAGACCUCCUUCCUCUGAAGGCGGGUGUAUCCUUAAUGGCACUUGGGGCGAUGGCGAAUGAUCCAAGUGUGAAAGUCAAGAUCGUGCCCGUCGGUCUGUACUAUUUCCAUGCCCAUCGAUUCCGAUCGCGAGCCGUCGUGGAAUUCGGAAGUGCGCUCGAUGUACCGGAAGAAUUAGUGGAAAUGUUCAAGCAGGGCGGAUCAAGCAAGCGUGAAGCAGUGUCAAAGCUUCUGGAUCUCACUUACGACGGUCUGAAGACCGUGACAGUAAGGGCACCCGAUUAUGACACUCUUAUGUUAAUACAAGCAGCUCGGCGCCUUUACAAAACACCGGGGCAGCACUUUACGUUGGGACAGGUGGUCGAGCUCAACCGCCGUUUCUUGGAAGGUUAUACUCAUUUCAAGGAUGAACCACGCAUACAAAAACUGAAAGCUGAUGUAUUGAAAUACAAUCGACUUCUUCGGGAUCUUGGAUUGCGAGAUCAUCAGGUACCACAGGCGAAGAAAGCGACUUGGAAAACCUUGAGUCUUCUCUUGUAUCGUCUGGUCAUCUUAAUGGUUUGGGCAGUUCUGGCACUGCCCGGAACGAUAUUGAAUGGUCCUGUGAUUGUUCUGGUCUCCGUGAUUUCCAGACGGAAGGCCAAAGAGGCACUCGCAGCUUCCGUCGUCAAAAUCGCAGGUCGAGAUGUGCUUGCGACCUGGAAAGUCCUGAUAUGCCUUGGUGCGGCUCCCCUGUUGUACACGCUUUACGCAGUCCUUGCGAUAGCAAUCGCCGUGAAAAUUCAGGCUCCUCUAACUCUUAAAUUCGGUGAGGCUGGGAUGGACGUUUUCAAGUCGCUUAGACCACUUAUCCUUGCCCUCCGUCCUGGGCAUCAACGAGAUCUUGACAGGGUAAAAGAAAUGAGGAUGCGACUCUCUAACGAAGUUGUGGACGUUAUCAACGAAUUUGGACCAAAACUUUACGAUGAUUUCGACAAAGUGAGUUUUGCCUUUCCCUCGCAGCUAUCCACUCCUGGUAACGAUGACCCAGGAGUUUGGCGCCGGAAGAGCAGUGUCGGCCAGGUAGAUGCACAAGGAAACCUUCUUAUCCAUCCAAUGCGGGCCCAAACUCCUGACGAAUCCGAAGAGGAGGAUCAUUGGGAUUAUGACCACGUCAUCAAUUUCAUUCCUGCUUAUGAAGACGCGUUCCGGGGGAAACCUCGUAGCCGGCACGGCUCCUACGCUGACUUGCAAAGGCUUCGGACGGUAUCUGCCAAUCAGACAAACGUAUCCGUAACAUCCUCCGGCGCUCAGAUUUUGGAUACCAGGUUACCUUUAAGUAGUACAGAGACAACCGGAGACUUGUAG